AUGUGCCAGGGGCGGCGACUUUCAAGUCCUGACAUAAUUCCAAAUAAGUGAGGCGAAUUUAUCUUAUCAUUUUCGUUUGAUUGUUGUGAUAAGUGGUCGGAGAGUCAACGGUUAUGAUUCAACCGAGUGGAUAUUGUGCGAACGCUACUUGCUAUUAGCAUUAACUAUUGUCAAUGUUUAAUCGGUUAUCAGUCAAUGAGGUUUAUGAGUGUUGUUUUAUUUAAAUGAUAAAUCAUCGUUGUUUAUGAUUUUCAAUGAUUGUUUCCAACGAAAAUAAUAAUUUCGUUAAAUCAUGGCAACUAGCUUGGCGGAUGCGUUGCGUGACCAGGAUCUUCACCAACUCAAUGUCACCGUUGAAUGUGCGCACCUCAAGCAUAAUGUAGCAAAUAUCUUCCGACCUAGCCCUUAUGUGGCGCUCGUCGUGGAUGGUAACAACCCUUUGCGCACCGACACAGUAAAGAACACGUUGCAACCGAAAUGGAACGAAAAGUUCACCGUGUUGGUGACGAAGCAGUCGACGCUGCAUUUCAGCGUAAUCGACCACAACAGCUUCCGCAAGGAUACCACCAUUGGCGAGAAGAAGGUUAUGUUGAACGAGCUACUGACGUACUAUAAGGGCAAGAUAGAAAACCUGGAGUUGAGUAUUGACCUUAUUAAUGAGAAGCAGAGCGACGCGAAUAGUAAGUGCGGUGAUCUCAUCUGCCUGCUGAGUGGUCUUCAUCUCGAGGUCAGUCGCGGCCCACAGCAACCGGGGCGGCCACUGAUGCAGGCCAACAGUGAUGCUCCGAUAUCCAGCCGCAGCGUAUUCAAUGGAAUGCGUGCUAAAGUACGGGCACAGGGAAGUGAAAAUGCUGCCCCGUCUUCUGCGACAGGUGCAACGCCGCGGCAAUCCAUCGAGCGGAGUGCGUCCCUACCAAACAACACGACGUCCAUACCUAUUCCAAUACCCGGACCGCCUUUGGGCCAACCAUCAGCCUCGGCACUGACAAACGGUGCCACCUCUCAAUCGGACCUAACGCAAUCAGGAGCAGCGACGAAUGGCGUCGAAGAACCACUCCCGGCAGGAUGGGAGAUGCGCUUUGAUACCUAUAGUCGGCGAUAUUAUGUGGAUCACAACACGCGUUCGACUUCUUGGGAACGACCACAGGCCCUCCCUGCGGGAUGGGAGAUGCGGCGCGAUAGUCGUGGUCGAAUUUACUACGUAGAUCACAACACACGUACGACCACAUGGCAGCGACCAAACACGGAGCGCCUGCAACAUUAUCAACAGUGGCAGGGCCAACGCCAGCACAUCGUACAGCAGGGCAAUCAGCGUUUUCUGAUUAAUCCGCAGCAGCCACCGACGAUGGCGGGUACCAGCGCGCCGGUGGAGGACGAUGAUCAAUUGGGUCCUUUGCCAUCCGGUUGGGAAAAACGUGUACAACCCGAGGGGCGCGUAUAUUUCGUUAAUCAUAAGAAUCGAACAACGCAAUGGGAAGAUCCACGUACGCAAGGACUCGAGGUUAGCAGCGAGAUGGAUGAAGCACCGCUGCCGCCAGGUUGGGAAAUUAGAUAUACGGAGGACAACAAACCCUACUUUGUUGAUCAUAACUCAAAGACAACCACGUUCGAUGAUCCAAGACCUGGAGCUACCAAAGGUCCGAAGGGGGUUUACGGUGUUCCUAGGAGUUAUGAAAGAUCCUUCAGAUGGAAAAUUGGACAGUUUAGAUAUCUAUGCCAAAGUAAUGCACUUCCAAGUCACAUUAAAAUAACGGUCACGAGACAAACACUCUUUGAAGAUUCUUAUCAUACGAUAAUGCGUCUGCCUGCGUACGAACUGCGAAGGCGACUUUAUAUCAUUUUCAAGGGCGAAGAGGGCUUGGACUAUGGUGGUGUUUCUCGAGAAUGGUUCUUCUUGCUCUCGCAUGAGGUUCUCAAUCCGAUGUAUUGUCUGUUUGAGUACGCAAACAAAAAUAACUACAGUCUGCAGAUAAACCCCGCAUCUUAUGUGAACCCUGACCACUUGUUAUACUUCAAAUUUAUCGGUCGUUUCAUUGCGAUGGCGCUGUAUCACGGCCGGUUUAUAUAUUCUGGUUUUACGAUGCCGUUCUACAAGCGUAUGCUGCACAAGAAGCUGCUAAUGAAAGAUAUCGAAAGCAUCGAUCCGGAGUUUUAUAACUCGUUGGUAUGGAUCAAGGACAAUAAUGUCGAGGAGCUGGAUUUGUUCUUCAGCGUAGAUUUUGAAGUGCUGGGACAGGUUGUACAUCACGAACUCAAGAAAAAUGGAGAUAAGGAACGUGUCACAGAAGAGAACAAGGAAGAAUACAUAGGUUUAAUGACGGAGUGGCGUAUGAACCGCGGCAUUGAUCAACAGACCAAAGCAUUUUUAGACGGAUUCAAUGAAGUGGUGCCGCUGGAAUGGUUGAAAUACUUCGAUGAGCGUGAGUUGGAGUUGCUUCUGUGCGGGAUGCAGGAGAUUGACGUGGAAGACUGGCAGAGGCAUACCAUCUACAGACAUUACACGAGGAAUAGUAAACAAGUUGUUUGGUUCUGGCAGUUUGUGCGACAAGCGGAUAACGAAAAACGCACGCGUCUUCUUCAGUUUGUGACCGGAACAUGUCGUGUUCCCGUGGGUGGUUUCGGUGAAUUGAUGGGCUCGAACGGACCGCAGCGUUUCUGCAUCGAGAAGGUGGGCAAAGAUAUCUGGUUGCCGCGCUCGCAUACUUGCUUCAACCGGUUGGAUCUACCACCGUACAAGAGCUACGAUCAGCUCGUCGAGAAACUAAACUAUGCCAUCGAAGAGACGGACGGCUUCGGCCAAGAGUAAGGCAGCGCGCGCGGGACCGGCCGGGGUGCGUUCGAGUUUAGACCGUACCUGAUUUGAACCUAAUAAACGUGUACAUAAUAUUGAUUCUAAAAGUUAAAAGAUCCUAUAUAUUUAUUUUAUUACAAAAUGAGGACACAAAGCAACUAAAACUAUGAAUGGACGCUAUAUAACUGUAAACUAAAGUAUGAACAAUGUCGCGAUCGUGUUGUAGAUCAUUUUCGGGCCUACAUUACUUAAAAAUUUUGAAAUAAGAAUCGUCGAGCGACGCAAGCAAAUCGUUGACGCGCCGCGGAUGAUUUACUUGUGUUGCUCGCAGUGUUUUGCUUGCAGUACUAUCGUUAUCUGUAGCAUGAUAGUGAUUAAAAUUUACUCGCGGAGGGCGUUUUCGGAGUGCUAAAUGCGGAGUGACUUUAUUAUUCACAGUAGAUAUGGUUGACUGCAAUAUCGAUGAAGUGUACUCAUUAAUUUUUAUUGUAAUUGGUUAAUAACAUGAAAGUCAACUUAAACAAGCGAAUUAACAUCACUUAUUUUCGAGUUCAUGUAAUAUCAAAGAAAAUUGACAAUUGUACAUAUGUUGAAAUGUUUCUGUUGACUUUGAUGAUGAAUUGUUAUGAUUUUUAUUUUGGUUAUGAUAAUAGUUGAAUAGUGCAAUAUUUUUAAGAGAGGAACAUGCGGAGCGAGUUUGAAUUGUUACAAGUUACAACUGUUUGUCAUGCUUUCAAUGUUUCAUUCUCGUUAUUGCAGCUUUGUCGUUACAUUCCCAUUAUAAUUUCACUUGCAUCACCGUUCACCCAAUGCCCAUCCGACGUCCACACAAUUUUAAACAAGCAUGCGACUUGUUCCACCGAUUAGUACCCAAUAUGUAUCGCUGAACAGAUUUUGCUGUUGUAUAAAGUGCAUGUAAAUUGAUUAAUCCGGAAAGCAAACAGUGCUUGAAAACACUACACAUGAAAAGGAAGCCAAAGCUACUCGUAAAAAUCGUUUGCGCCGCACAGUUAAUGCGGAUUAUUAUCGAAGACGCAUCAGUGUAUAUUUAUUCUCUUAUUGUUUUAUCGAACGCAUUAAAGUAAUUCUUUAGGCUAAUUAACGAAUAAAUGGAUGAAGAUUUACAAUAUGCAACAAUUGUAGGUUUUUCGCUGCGCGCGCAUUUCUAUUUUUACAAAUGCGAAGCGUGCGCAUUUUUAUAUGUAUCUAGAUGCAGAACAAUGUGAUGAUUAUGAAUAAUAACUAUUGAUGAAAUGCGGAACAUAACAGAGACAAAACAACCAACUGUAAUAUCACACUUUUGAGAUUAUUGUGUCACUGAUUAUUUCUUGUAAAUAAAGUAAUUAGAAGUUUA